UGCCUUUUGUUUUGCUACAACCCUCUCAACCAAUCAAGCGCGGCAACUUUGGGGGCUCCCCGUUGUGUUAUCGAUCGGAAGAUUUAUUUCACAAUCAGCUGGCGAAAAGUGUAGUGUUGAUUAUGACAUUGCUAGGGAAUGAAGAAAAAAUGUGUUAAUGUGAUUCGAAUUAUCACUGGUCUGUGUCGAACCUAGUUUCCAACUUGUGAAAUUGUCCGAGAUGUCUCGCUGUAUGCUUAGUCCGUUGCGGUUCUACCGGACUAGAUCCGGUUUGCAAUAUUUUCUGCCGAGUUUGGCCAGAGCUUGUUUAUUCUCAUCGCAGGGAGCUGAUGGUGGUGGUAGCAACAAUAGCGGAAGUGGCGGCAAAGGAUUUGUGCGGAAUACGACGAUUUUAGUGCAGCAGGGCUGCGACAUUCAGGAGCUGCCAGUGGUGGUCCGUAAAAUUGCCGAGGAUGAAUUUGCGGCUUUUAUAUCGAACAAAAUCAUCGAUAGUCAGCCUCCGCCAGCCCAAGCGGAACCAAAUGGCGUAGUUGGAAACGAUGCCGAAGCAAAUAAUGGUGCUCAGACCGAAUUUAAAAAGUCGAUCGAAGAAUGUCUCACUGCUCAGGGAGUAUGUUUGGUGGUGGAAUCGUUAAGUGAGCAAGAUUUUACUCCGGACAUUGCAGUUCGAGCAAUUGAAAAGAUUUUAAAAAUCGAGAAUUUGCUGGAAUUAAAGCACCUAGAGAACAAGGAAGAAUUUGAGAAGAUUAUUAGUUGUAUCGUCUAUCGUGGAGACAAUCACACGGUUCUGGAGGUGCUGGAUGAUUUGAGGAAUUACAUGGAGCUGACGAAAACGAUCGACAUGUUAGGAAACGAGCUUGUCUACCGAUGCUCGGAAAACAAGUUGGGUAUCGAGCAUUGUUGCGAGGCCAUCGAAAGCCUAACCCAGUGUCGUAGGUACGACAUGGUAGAAAAGUUUUGGAGUGGGCUUGCCGAUCAAGAGAAGCAAAUCGACGACAAGAACAUUAACAAAGUUUUCGCAAUAUUGCCGUACUUAAAAAUAAGCCGAAGGGCAGUGCUGAACGUGCUGGAACGACGAAUAGUGUCAGUCUGGUGGCAAAUGUCCCCCAGCAGCACGAUGGAUGUCCUGCAGUCGCUGGAGACGUGCAAGCUAUCGCCGUUCCGGGUGACACAAACCCUUGCCCGCUGGUUGAACACAAACAUUCAUGCCGUGAGCGAGGAUCAACUGGAAGCGGUGCUCGAGUCGUUCACCAACUUGGGAUACUCUGAGAAUCAAAUUGAGCGGGCUAUCGAGCGAUACGUUAAGAAUAAGGGCAUCAAAAUUGUAUCACAAAGUUUGGUUGUGACCAUUUUGAAGCAUUGUCAGGCAUUCCGUAUUCGAAACUCGCACAUCUUGAACGGUUGCGGCGAGUUCUUCAUAGCCCAUCACCAAAACCUUGAUCCCGGCUAUCUGCGAGCCGUUUUCUGCCCGUUCGGCUACCUCGACUAUCAGCCGAUCAACAGCAACAAGUUCUGGGAAACUCUGGACAUGUAUCUGGAUCUCAAUUUCACCAAAAUUCACCCGAUGGAAAUCAUCGACAUCAUGUUCGGUUACGUUUGCUUCGAGCGCUAUCCGCUAAUGUUCGUCAACCGAAUUUUCAAUCCGUACUUCUUGGACGUACUGCACGCCAGAACUCGACCGGAGCGGCUCGAUCGGGUUCGAAGUCUGAUCAAAGUAUUUGACACGAGCCUCACGCUGGAAUGUCCGGAUUAUGAUGGCCCGCUUCUGCCGCGUGAUCACUCCGCCAAAACCCUGUUUCACGACGGCCGAAUCAAACGGAUUGUCAACUACAUCACUCCGGAGUUGCAAAAACUUGCCGGAGGCCCGGAUUGUAUGACUAAAUUUACCGUUCUGCAAAACCUGCCCGUGCACGAGCUCUAUCUAGUCGAUGCCAUUUUCCACCCAUGCGGCAUGGGAAACAUCUAUUCUCUGAACACAAUGAAGGAACGGAACAUCAAUGUUGCGGUGCUGGUUAUGCUCCCGGAAUACUUCAACAGCACCGGAGAGCAUCUGAUUGGGUCGCAAGCGAUGCGAAUCCGGCACCUACGGCGUUUGGGGAUGCGCGUGGUGACGCUUCGGUUCGAUUCGUUGUACAAAUUGAAAGUGCAUCCGGCCGAACUGCAGAAAUAUUUGGUUGAGCGAAUGAAGCAAGCUCUGGAUGCUUUACCUGUGCCGAAAGGGCCGACUGGUGAUUCUAAAGGUUGAAGGCACUUCGCUGUGCGAGGCAAGACUGGAAUUUCAGUACUCAGAGCAGUUAGAUACGACGCACACAAUUGUGAUAAAGUAAAUUUAUCAAUAGCUUGCAACAUAUUACUUGACUGCUCAAUUGAGUAAUGAACCAAAUGAGUCAUUUUACAGGUGUUACAAAAAUUUCACAUGUAAUAGUGGUCCUAAAUUGAUUGAAAUAAAAACCGAAGAUUAUGGUUCCUUGA